AUCCUCAGGCUCUUCAGAAUGCUUUUGUACGAGACGGAUAUGCACCUGGCGGCCUCCUUGCUUAUAUGUCUACUGCCAGCAGAGAAGAAUUCCGAGCUCAGAGCGGUGCAAGAAUGGUAGCAGAUGGGGUGAGCGUGUCAGAGUGGAGAUGCAGAUGCAGGGAGCAAGGGGACGGUCCAGGGCAAGGGAGUUGUUGAGGGAGAGGAAGAGGAGGGAUCAGCAGAGGCAUAGAGAGGACCAGAAAGAGCAGGAGAUUCUUGCUGGAGAGCGCAGUCCGGGUGGAACCAAGCUUAGAAAGAAGCGGGACAUAAUUGUGAUCAGUGAUCCUGAUAGCCCAAAUAAUGACGAGUCUCAAGCUACCUUCACCAUGGUCACAGCUAUCCAGAAGGCUGAGAUAUCACGACCUUUCAGAAAAUCCAAGUCCGGUCAAGCAGCCAAAAACAUGAACUGGUUUGAGCCGUUUGUGUGGGACCAGAUCAAUGCCGUGACAAAGGUGGUUGGGUGGAGCCCUUCUGCUAUUGUCAAUGAGCUCAGAAAGAAGAAUCCUCGAGUGUUUGCUGGCAAUCCUGCUCUGCAUCCAGGAACUGUCCGACGGUGGAUUGUACCUGGCAAAGACUGGACAGACCAAGUCCGGGCUCAUGUGCAGAUGGGACCAAGGCAGGUCUACAAUGCCGCGGGUCCAAAUGGUGUACUGGAUGGUUGCCUUGAUACUGUCGAGCGAAUCAAGUUGCAGCUCCUUCAGCUCCGUGCUGCUGGUAUCUCCUAAACCUCUCCACCUGUCAGGGGAUCAUUAUUGCACAUCUGUCAGAAGAUCAUCCUGAGGUGUUUCAACGAAAGCUCCGUCAUUCUGGUCUAUGCUUCAAUGCUGGCCUCAACUUCGCCCGUCGCUUUCUUCACUUUCAGCUCAACUGGACGCUUCGACAAGGUACUCAAGCAGCUCAGAAGCUUCCAGUCAACUACAAGGAGCAAUGCUAUGAGCUUGCGCUCCACUGUGCCUGGCGAAUCCGAGCAACAAAGGUCGCAAAGGACUGUAUCGUCAACUCCGAUCAGAUGCAGCUUCAGCUUCAGUUCAGCCCCGUCACAUAUGAGGAGCGAGGCUCAAAGUAAGUUGCUAUCCUUGGCAAGGAUGAGAAGCGAGCAUGUACUGUGGUUACCGGUCUCUCAAUGGGUGGCACCCUCCUUCCAUUCCAGUCGGUCUCGGCUGGCGUCCACUCUGUCUGUUUGCCAUUUGGUGGUGAACUACAGUCCGAGGAGAUGUAUGAAGCACUCGAAGCUGGACAUCUCUUCUCACUCUCUCGAGGCACAUAUUGGUCGACACACCCAACAAUUCAUGAAUAUGUCCACAAACUCCUUGCACCAUACUUUCGAGCUGCCAAUCAUCGCAAUGGGCGUGCACUUGAAGCACGAUGCAUUUGGAUCAUCGAUGCAUGGGCUGUUCACCGAUCAAAAGAGCUCAGGCAGUGGAUGCAUACCCAUUUUCCAUGGAUCGGAUUGCUCUAUGUACCGGGUGGCUGCACUGGUGUUAUUCAGCCUGCAGACACUGGCAUGCAACGUCCUCUUAAAGCAAUCAUCCGAAAGGCUGCACUUGAUGAUGUGAUCCAGGAGACUCAAGAGCAACUCAAGCAUGGUUGGAUUGCCCCAGAAACUAUCAAACUCGAUGUCACUCUUGGGACCCUUCGUGAUCGCACGGUCCGAUGGCUCCUGGAAGCACACAAAGCAUGCAACACACCCGAGCGAGUCUUGAAUGCAUGGCAGAUCUGCAAUACCGGAGUUGAUGACAUCACUCUGUCCUAUGACUGCCUCACCUCACCAGCAAUGCUUGCCAGGCUUGAUGAGCUCCCCUUUGUGAAUGAAGAACUGUAUCGGAAGAUCCUUCCAGGAGCCAGUGAUGAACUGCCUGAAUCAGUCCGACUCCCAGAAGAUGACGAGGCAGAAUUGGGUUUUACCCAGGUCGAUGCAGCAAUGGCAGCUGAGGAGUACGGAAAUGCGCUUGAAGAGAUGUUUGCAGAUAUAGUGCUUCAUGACUAG